CCUCACCUCCCGCUCACCUCCCGCUCACCUCUUGCCCGCCCUUCACGCCUCUGUUGCCCAGCUGCCUCGUGCCCGUGCUGCAGCCGCAUCAGUGUCGCGCGUAGCUGCGCCGCCUCGCGACCCUCGCCCUCUGCGCCCGCUGCGCCUGUGCGAGAGCCAGGCGGCAUUCGUGGCCGAGCGAAGCGCACAGGCGCGCGCCAUGACGCUCUCGCCGCCCGAGGCGUCGCGCAGCGGCAGUGGCAGUGGCGCAGCGGCAGGCAAGACACGGCAGCUGCUCCAUCCAACGCCCUGCGUGCUCGCCGCACGGGUCGACAUUCAUCAUCCGGAGCUGCGCGACCUACUGCAUCUUGGACCGGAGCCCAACUCCGUCCUCUACGUGCAGGGCACGACGAUCCAGCAGCUCAUCUUUCCCUCUCCCUCUUCCUCCACCACUCGCUCCGCCGCUUCCACCUCGUCUUCCGCCGCUGCUUCCUCCGACGUCAGCGCCGCCGCCUCGGGCAGCAGCAGCGUCUACGCCUCUCUCUCCUUCGCUCCCGUCUGUCUCAAGACAGGUGCUGGCCUGGUCGCUGCAGGUGGCCAGAACACCGAGCUGGCCCUGCGGCCAUUGCUGCCUUUGCCGGGCAGUCGCAGUGCUGCCCAGUCCAGCGGCAGCGGCGGCACUCGCAGCGAGGCCUUCCUCCAACGCUGGCGUCUCUGCACGCCCACGGGCGGCAGCAUCAACAACUCGAUUUGCAUCUACAACCCCUCCUCUUCUGCCUCUUUUGCUUCUGCGUCGAGCUCGAGCUCAGCCGCAGCAGAGGCGCGACGCGCGUUGCCCACCAAGGAGAAAGGUAGAGCUGGCGCGCUGCUCUUCGUGGCCAACAACGACAAGUCGCUGCGGUGCUUUCGCCUCAGACCUGGUGCUGCUGCAGUGCCUUUGGAGGCUAGUGAUGGAGGAUCAGGAGGAGCCAGUAGACGGCUUGAGGCGACAUUACCAGGAUUGAGUCGACUACAGGAGCUCUCCUUCCCCACUGCCAUCAAUCAUUCCAGUCUUUCUCCCGACGGCACCACUCUCGUGGCGGUGGGCGACACGUCUCAAGUCUUCCUCUACAAGAUGAGCCCUGCCAUUGCGCCUUGCGGCGAAGAAGCUCGCGCUGGGCUUGCGGGCGCCAGUCAUGCGGGCCUGGCUGCUGCGAUGACGGCGGGCGUCGUGUCGAGAACGGGGCAGUGGGAGUGGAUCAGCACGUACGCUGCGUCCGACGCCAGCUUUUCGACGGACUGGAGUCCCGAUGGCACGAAAUUCGCCGUAGCUUCGCAGGACGGUGUCGUGAGCGUGUGGGAUGUGCGCAGCAGCCGCUGCGUCAAGCAGCUGCGCACCUCGCAAAGCGCCCUCUUCGGCGCCGGUGCCGCACGCGUCGUCAAGUGGAGUCCACGAGGCGACCUGCUGGCAUACACCGAGGGCUGCAACUACUUCCACGUCGUCGAGACGUCCACCUUUGUCGAGACGAACCGCCUGGGCGUGCCCUUCUCCGCCGAUGAAUCGCGCCCUGCAAGUGCAGGUUCACAUGCCUCGGCAUGGGCCCGCGCCGACGACGAGGAGGAGAUGAUUGCCGCGCGCGAGGGCGAGUCGCUCGGCGAGCCAUCAGACGCCGCGGGCGGCAGCCGAGGAGAGUGGAGCGCUACCGCCGCGCCGGCGUUCAGCUGGCAGCACGGCAUUCCCACGCGCAUCACCACCACGACCACGACGACUUCUCGCCUGACCACAUCCGACGCCACCACGCUCGCCGAGCCUGACUUGGCACCAGAGGCAGGCGCCGGCGCACCUGCUGCGUCGUAUGCGCAGAGCGGCUCAAUGGCAGCCCAGGCUCAACGCCUGCGCGAGACGAGAAGAGCGGCGAAUGCGGCGUUGCAAGAGGCGUGGGAGGAGGCAUUGCCCAUUGUGCGCGCUUACAACGGCGCCGUGACGCCGUGGAGGAACGGCGAGCGACUGGCGCCGUGGUCGCUGUCACUGCGACGAUCGACGGGCGAGGAGAGGACCUCGCAGACGCCCGCGAGAAACAUCGCCGGACUCUGCUGGGAUGCGCAAGGCGAGCAUCUCUUCGUCGCGACAGACAAUCUCGUCGCACGCUAUCAGGUCGCCGAACUGAGGCGCUCCUUUGCGGCGCCCGAUGAGCUGCGCUGACGCGGCACUGGGCGUCGCUGCCGGCCCCUUCUUCUCUCAUGCCUCCCUCUCCGUUCCGCCUGCCUCGGCGUCUCCGCUCUCAGCGCCUCCUCACCCCUCUCUCGCUUCCGCUCCCUGUCCUGUAGCGCUACUCUCGCACGUCACCUCUCCUCGUUACCCCGUCCCUCUCCCUCUCUGUGCGCUGUUCGAAUGGCUGGAUGUCGAUUACCAGAGCUGGC